GGCCUGCACUAGACAACGCAUGCUGAGCGGAUCCUUUGAGGGACAGCCAGCAAAGGAAAGGUCAAUACUUAGUGUCCAGCAUCAUAUACGACAAGAACGCAGGUCACUGAGACAUGGUUCCAACAGCCAGAGAAUCAGCAGAGGAAAAUCUCUUGAAACUUUGACUCAAGAUCACUCCAAUACAGUGAGAUACAGAAAUGCACAGAGAGAAGACAGUGAAAUAAAGAUGAUCCAAGAAAAAAAAGAACAAGCUGAAAUGAAGAGGAAAGUCCAAGAAGAGGAGCUACGAGAGAAUCAUCCAUAUUUUGAUAAACCACUUUUCAUAGUUGGUCGUGAGCAUAGAUUCAGAAAUUUCUGCCGAGUGGUGGUACGAGCUCGCUUUAAUGCUUCUAAAACAGAUCCUGUUACUGGAGCUGUGAAAAAUACCAAAUACCAUCAGCUUUAUGACUUGCUGGGUUUGGUUACUUACCUGGACUGGGUCAUGAUCAUUGUUACGAUAUGCUCCUGCAUUUCCAUGAUGUUCGAAUCCCCCUUUAGAAGAGUUAUGCAUGCUCCAACGCUCCAGAUUGCUGAGUAUGUUUUUGUAAUAUUCAUGAGCAUUGAGCUUAAUCUGAAGAUUAUGGCAGAUGGCUUGUUUUUUACACCAACAGCUGUCAUUAGGGACUUUGGAGGAGUUAUGGACAUAUUUAUAUAUCUUGUGAGUUUAAUAUUCCUGUGCUGGAUGCCACAGAACGUCCCUGCCAAAUCCGGAGCUCAACUGUUAAUGGUACUCCGCUGCCUCCGACCUCUUCGAAUUUUCAAACUGGUCCCUCAAAUGAGGAAAGUGGUGCGAGAGCUGUUUAGUGGCUUUAAAGAGAUCUUUUUGGUUUCUAUUCUUUUGCUGACAUUAAUGCUUGUUUUUGCAAGCUUUGGAGUGCAGCUGUUUGCUGGAAAACUGGCUAAAUGCAACGAUCCGCACAUCAUCUCUAGGGAAGAUUGUCAUGGCAUCUUCAGAAUAAAUGUAAGCGUUUCCAAAAAUCUCAAUUUAAAGUUAAGACCUGGAGAGAAAAAGCCUGGAUUUUGGGUGCCACGAGUCUGGGCAAAUCCUCGGAAUUUUAAUUUUGACAAUGUGGGAAAUGCAAUGCUGGCACUAUUCGAAGUUCUGUCAUUAAAAGGUUGGGUGGAAGUCAGAGAUGUUAUUAUUCAUCGCGUUGGGCCGAUCCAUGGAAUCUACAUUCAUGUUUUUGUAUUCCUUGGCUGCAUGAUCGGACUGACCCUUUUUGUUGGAGUCGUCAUUGCUAAUUUCAAUGAAAACAAGGGAACGGCUUUACUGACUGUAGAUCAGAGACGAUGGGAAGAUCUGAAAAGCAGACUGAAGAUAGCACAACCUCUUCAUCUCCCACCUCGUCCGGAUAACGAUGGCUUUAGAGCUAAGAUGUAUGAUAUAACUCAGCAUCCUUUUUUUAAGAGAACUAUUGCUGUACUUGUUCUGGCCCAGUCUGUGUUGUUAUCAGUUAAGUGGGAUGCUGCAGAUCCGGUGACUGUGCCUUUAGCAACAAUGUCCGUUGUUUUCACCUUCAUUUUUGUCCUUGAGGUCACAAUGAAGAUUAUUGCCAUGUCACCGUCUGGCUUCUGGCAAAGCAGAAGAAAUCGAUAUGAUCUCCUGGUGACGUCUCUUGGAGUUAUAUGGGUGAUACUUCACUUUGCCUUACUGAAUGCAUACACAUACAUGAUGGGGGCAUGUGUAAUUGUCUUCAGGUUUUUCUCCAUUUGUGGGAAGCAUGUGACACUAAAAAUGCUACUCCUGACUGUGGUUGUCAGCAUGUACAAGAGUUUCUUCAUCAUAGUGGGAAUGUUCUUAUUGCUUCUUUGUUAUGCUUUUGCUGGAGUGGUUUUAUUUGGUACUGUGAAAUAUGGAGAAAACAUUAACAGACAUGCAAAUUUUUCAUCAGCUGGAAAGGCUAUUACUGUACUCUUCAGAAUAGUUACUGGAGAAGACUGGAACAAAAUUAUGCAUGACUGCAUGGUUCAGCCUCCGUUUUGUACGCCAGAUAACAGCACCUACUGGAAAACAGACUGUGGAAAUUAUGCUGGUGCUCUUAUGUAUUUCUGUUCAUUUUAUGUCAUCAUUGCAUACAUCAUGCUAAAUUUGCUUGUUGCUAUAAUUGUGGAAAAUUUCUCAUUGUUUUACUCAACUGAAGAAGACCAACUUUUAAGUUAUAAUGAUCUUAGGCAUUUUCAAAUUAUAUGGAACAUGGUUGAUGACAAAAGAGAGGGAGUCAUCCCUUCCUUCCGAGUGAAAUUUCUACUGAGGCUUCUGCGGGGCAGGCUGGAGGUAGAUCUCGACAAGGAUAAGCUGCUGUUCAAGCACAUGUGCUAUGAAAUGGAACGGCUCCAUAAUGGCGGUGAUGUCACUUUCCAUGAUGUGCUCAGCAUGCUUUCCUAUAGGUCUGUUGAUAUCAGAAAAAGUCUUCAGCUGGAAGAGCUGCUUGCUAGGGAACAACUGGAAUAUACCAUAGAGGAGGAGGUGGCCAAGCAGACCAUACGAAUGUGGCUGAAGAAGUGCUUAAAACGAAUUAGAGCAAAACAACAGCAGUCAUGCAGCAUUAUCCAUAGUCUACGAGAGAGUCAACAGCAGGAGUUGAGCCGAUUUCUGAAUCCUCCCAGCAUUGAGACAACACAGCCAAGUGAAGAUAUGAAUGCCAUUAAUCAGGAUAACAGUGCACAGCCAGAGACAAGUAGCCAGCAGCAGCUCCUUAGCCCAACACUUUCUGACAGAGGUGGUUAUCGACAAGAUUCUGCAGAUGCUGGGAAGCCUCAGCGGAAAUUUGGACAAUGGCGUUUGCCGUCGGCCCCCAAGCCAAUAAGCCAUUCAGUGUCUUCAGUCAACCUUCGCUUUGGUGGACGUUCAACUAUGAAAUCUGUUGUAUGCAAAAUGAAUCCCAUGUCUGAUGCUACUUCUUGUGGAUCAGAAGUCAAGAAAUGGUGGACAAGGCAAUUAACUGUGGAGAGUGAUGAGAGUGGAGAGGACCUCCUUGAUAUCUGA